AUGAGUCUGGCAUGGAAGCGUACGGCUACUUCUCCCGCUGGCGUGUUCUCGCUAUUGAUCCCCAACUCCGCCGCUCUUUCUUCCCCGCCCCACAUCUGCCGCCUUUCUCCACUAUCCCCAUACCUAUACUCCCAAAAGACAACCCCGCCCUGGCUCCGGAACGCAGCAACCAGGGAGAAACGAGUCUGGCUGCACACAGAGCGUGUCCCCAAAUCAGUGGCGCAGGAUCCUCCUCACCGCCGGCGAGGUCAGACCCGCCGCCUUAUCAUCGAGCCCAUCGUGGCGGACGACGUGUAUGCGACACAGUACGAUCAACCCACUGCGCUUGUCAUCCAGAACCUGGAGCCUGAAAUCUCCGAAGCGGUCUCUCAGGCUCUCGGCACGCAAACGGUGUUCGAGAUUAUCGAACUAGAGCCGGAAAACACCAUCAACUCCGAACACGGUGGGAACGUCAAAAGCACAUCGCUAGCUGAGAGCGGGUACCUGCUCGAGUACUCUGCGCUUGUGCGCGCGUGCAAGAGGACGAACUACGCUGCGACGACUGCGAUGCUCGCGUUAUUCGGACACCGCAGGCCGCAAACUAGGAGCUGA